AUGAUACUUUGGCUAAUUGUCGGAGCCAUCACACUGCCCAACGCAUCCCAAUGGUUCAAAGGCAAAGCAGCCAGCAUCCAGCAAGAUGUUGUGAUGCUUCCUUCGAGCAAAAACAAUGGUAUAAAUGCCCACGUACAGUUUGUUUAUGGCCAGUGGCAAUAUAAUAGCCAGCUUGUUGUAGCCGAUAAUGUACCCAAUCCACCCGCUGAAGGUCUACAAGGUAUCCUUUACGAUCGGGGCAAGUCAUGCGAGGCUAAUGAUCCGGACGCUUUACCGAGUUCUUCCUUGGCGAUAUUUCCAAAUGUAUCGAAAGUCGCACUGAUCCAGCGCGGAGGAUGCUUCUUUAGUCAAAAGUUGUUGAAUGCCCAACUGGAUGGCGCAGAUGCAGCUAUUAUAUACAACAAUGUAUCCUUUGACCAAGUUCUAGAUGCAGAUCGUGGCAUGUGCAUCCAACCCUAUACGAUUUCCAUCCCGGCAUACUAUGUUGACCUCUCGAUUGGUUUGGAAAUGUACGAUCGACUGAAAAACCUGUCUCGGCUUGUAGACGAAGCUAAAAGCACCAGAAGACGGAGACGACGAGGUAAUCAGGAUGACACCGAUAGCCUCCAAGAUACUUUGAAUGAUGAAGAUGGAAUUUGGCGUCCCGUGGUUGGAGCAGGUGUAGCAAGCAAUCGCAAUCGAAGACGCCAUUUGACGCCCGAAACAGUCAACACCUUACCAACACGCGUGUACGGUGAGAAGCAGGAGCAUGCGAUACCACUUGACGAGGAUGCCACCGACAAUAAUGUUGGAGAGGAUCAGCAACACAUGAAAGCAGAACACGAGGGAGAAGAUAUAGAAGAAAACGCACAGACUAUCACUCCGUCCAUAGCUACGGUGCUGACACAGGAACAGGUUUCCUGUGUGAUCUGUCUAGAAGCAUUUGUUCAAGGCGAUGUUUUGCGUAUACUUCCGUGUGGUCAUGAAUAUCACUGUGAUUGCAUUGAUACCUGGCUCACCAAAAAGAGUGCAUCAUGCCCACUUUGUCUACAAGCGGUGCGAAUGCCGAUCGAGCCUCCGGCAGCACACUUGCGCGAACAGCAACUCCACCAGCAACAACAAGAGCAUCGUUCUGCUGCUCAACUUCAACAAGUGCCAACAUUAACAGAAGGCGGACAUGGUGUUGAAUCUAUCGAACUGACACGACGAAAUACCACAUCUGAUGAGGCUCAUAUUUAA